AUGGCCAAUGAAUUGCCCCAAGAAAUUAUAGAGAGUAAAAUCCUCACUAGGCUUCCCGUCAAAUCCCUAAUCCGAUUCACCUCCGUUUCGAAACGCUGGCGUUCCGUCAUACUCUACAACCCUAAAUUCGCCAAAUCCCAAUUUGAGUUGGCUUCUAAGCAGAAAUCCAUCACUCACCGAAUCCUCGUGUCCAACAGUAAAGGGUCUCCUGAGCUCAAAUGCCUAGACAUGGAGUCGCCGUGGUUCGGACAGAGUUCCUGCUCCUCUUGCAGGAAGGUGUGUGUCCCAUUCGAGCAGCAACCGCCACGCGAAUGCUACCUACUGGGCUCUUGUAAUGGCUUGGUGUUUGUAGCAUCCGAAGACAGCAGGUUCUACAUCUGGAACCCCUCGACUAAAUUCUUCAAGAAACUGCCUCACCUUGGCUACUCCUCGGAUGAAAAGGCUGUGCUAGAUUACUACGGUGCUGGCUAUAUGUCGGCCACAGACAACUACAAGGUUCUUGUAGGCUACUUCCUUAAGAAACAAAACGAGGAGGGACAUACCGAGAUGGUACACAUUUUCUCGUUAGAAGAUCACAUUUGGAGAAUAAUUGAUGUUGAUUACUUUGGCGAUAUAUUUCCUUGUCAUCAAGGUAUGCUUUCGAAUGAGGCACUUCAUUGGCUACACGACUACGGCGAUUCCAGGAUUGAUCUGGUUGCUUUUGAUUUGGAUAAGGAGGAGUUCAGCAUAUUGCAGCUGCCGGAUUUGGAUACUGAUGGCACGAGUUGGUAUAGGUGCCUGCUUGGGGUUGUUGGAGGGUGCCUCUGUGUGUCGAGUUAUAUGGAUGAGGCUAUUGCUUCUGAAUCUGUUGAUUUUUGGGUGAUGAGAGAGUAUGGGGUGUGUGACUCUUGGACUAAGCUUUUUAACCUGGAUUUUUCCAACUUGCCUGUGCAGCGAUUGCUUAGAGGUUCACCCUGCACUUGGUUUGCUACGGAAACUGGCACAGUUGGCGUGAAACGGACUGGCAACGGGGUUUGGUUCAUGAAGAUUGAUCAUAAAGACAAAGAAAAGCUUGGCCUGUAUAUGAUUGAGGGGAACCAGCUUUACAUGGUUGAAUAUGAAGAGAGUCUAGUUUGGAUCGAAGAGAAAGAGAAUGCCAAAGAGACUCAAACCUCAUCACCAAGCCGAAAAAAGCUCAAGUCAUGA